AUGACGCUCCUGCAAAACGUACGACACAGAACGCUUGAGGAACAUCGCAGGCAGAAGGUCACCCUGCGCGAUGAACUAGAUACCGAGGACUGCCUUAAGGACAACGCGGUUUGUAAACGUGAAGUUCCAGGUGAAGGCAUCGGAGAGGGCAGAAAGGGAAAGAUGGCUGACCGUGUUGAGGCUGACUCCCCUGGCGAGAUCGUCGUUAGGGAACUUGUCGCGCGUCAGAGGCCAACUUCCUCAGAAACACUGAAACCGAGCAAUCGUGCUUUAACGUCGCUCAGUACGAGCUCUACCGCCAGCGCCCCUGGUAGUAGUGCUAGCUUGGGUUCUGCAAAUGACAACAAUACUUCCGCCACGACCUCGGGCCUACAAACCGGAACCAUUAUCGGGAUUAUAGCCGGUUCUAUCGCAGCCUUGAUGGUUCUUGGUGCUGUGAUAUCAUUUUUCUUGCGCAGGCUACGCACCAAACGAAGGGGUGAUGAAAUUUUCAAUGCAUCUGAAUUCCGCCGCUCUGCAGUUUUGCUUGAAGAGAAGAAGCCCGACGUCCGUCCUCGACCGCCUUCAAUGAUUGAGCGUCGCAACGUCCAAGGAACUCCCUCUGUGGUCACCAAUAGUUUGCCUCCACCGCCAUCAAUGGCAUAUCCGUAUUCUGAUCGUGCUAUACCACCAUCACCCUCUGUGCCGCCAUCUUUAUACGGUGGUAAUGGAAGUGACAAUGGACAUAAUCAGCAACACUAUGCUCAGUAUGGCACUGCUGGUGCUCAUUUCGGCAAUCUACCUUCACCUGCACCUCCCCCGUCAGCUGGUGGCAUGUAUAAUGGACCACCUCCGCCUGGUGCUUUUGGAGCCCAUUAUGAUCAAGCUGGAUACGGCGCACCUCCUGUCCCCGGAACGUAUGCACCUGGGGCUUAUGCGCCAUAUGGACAGGAUACCAGAUACCAACAAAUGCAAUAUUAUCAACAGCGUCAGCAGCAAAAUUACCAGUUUGCUGGGUAUCAACAACAACAUCCGCACCCAGUACAGUAUGGACCUGGUCCUCAAUCUUACCCAGCUGGCUAUGGCGCUGGACAUCAUGAUCCUCAACCUUAUCACGCUGGCUAUGGUACCGGACAUACUGUCCCUCAAAUGUCGAACAAUCCUUCCUUGGCCAAUUCCUUUGUUCAACCUGCUGUCGCGCAAUCCGCUUCCUCUGUUUCAACAACGCCAUCAACUGGCAAGCAGAAUUUACAUCUAGCUUCUGCCCCUGAUGAUGUUUUGGAAGGUGCAUCUGGUUCUGGCUUGAGACGCCAAGACACUCAAUCCAGCGGCGCGCCCCCUGCAUAUGUUGAUGAGACAGGAGAAUCGAAUAAGUACAGGGAUGUCAAGAUGAGACCUGUAGUCAUGAACCCCCCUGCCGAAUCAUCCACCGCGCAGCUGUCCACUCCGUCAACUUCGGCGGCAGCCGCUGGUGUAACUACAGCAACGUCUAAUCCCGCGCCUGCGGCUUCGACUGCUCAGAAACGCACAUCUACUCGCUCCACCUAUUCACUGUACGAUCAGGAUGAUAUUUAUGGCGGGAUAUAA